AUGCCUCUUUUUUAUAUGCUACAGUUAGUUGCAUUUCUGUUGUCUCUAGAAUGGAUUUUAAGUGGUAUCUGUAACUAUUUACCAGACUGGAAAAAUCUCAGUUUAGACUUAAAUGUAUUGGAGCUUUGGACCAUGGGACUCUGGCAAACCUGUGUAAUCAAAGAUAUAGGAGGAACACGGUGCAAAGAUUUUGAUUCUUGCCUAGCUUUGCCUCUAGAAUUCAAGAUUUCCAGGAUUUUAGUAUCUACAUCAAAUGGACUAGGACUGCUGAGCCUUGUGAUUUCUAGUCUUGGUUUGGAGUGCAUAAAGAUGGAUUCAGAGGAGAAGCUGUUACCACUUGGAGGAAUACUCCUGUGGAUGUCUGGAUUUCUGGCCUUAGUCCCAGUUUCUUGGAUUGCCCUUACAAUAAUCCAGGAAUUUUGGGAUGAAGAUAUCCCAGAGAUUGUCCCCAGAUGGGAAAUAGGGGAUGUGCUGUACUGGUUAGUUUGGUGGUUUAUAAUUCUAGGAGGGUCUCUGCUCCUCUCCACAAUCUGCUUGUCAGGCGACCAUCAGCUGCCAGAGCGGUGUGCGAUGGCAGAGCUGCAAGACAUCCGCCAGCAGCUGGAAACUGGAAGUAGAUGA